UAAAAAUUGCUUCAAAUUGUGGUAAACGGAAAUGCAUACCCCCGCAUACAAGAAUGUACGUCUACGUUUUGGCUGACUUGCCUGCAUUGAGCUACAUUUUUGCGCAUAAUCGUUAAACUUUCUUACGAGUUUUCCUUCCAUCGCGUCACCAAAAAUGUCGAAACAUUCUGAUAAUGACAACUUACGCAACGACAUCUACGAAAAUCUGCCCUGCCAGGCUAUGUAUAAUGACGCCGUACGUAAGAUACAACAACAGAAAUCUGCCCAAUCCAAUACAAAUAAUGCGGUCGCUGCAGCAGUUGCUAAUAAUCCGCUCUCUCAACAGCUACUGCUAAAUAAUAUCAGCAAUCAGAAUGCAGCCAACUCCAAUCCGAACACCAACGCCACUAACUUGGCCAGCAACAAGCAACAACAACUGCAACUACAGCAUCAACAUUCUUCGCCGUUAUCUCUACAACAGCAAUCAAACAAUAAACACUAUGCAAGUAACGAUAUCCCCAAAGAAAUGCUCUACGCUACACCAUUACGCAAAUCGGAUCGCUACAAAAGCGGCGAACGCAUACGCUUUAACAGUUCGGGAACUCGUGCACAUACGGGUGGGAGCAAUCACGAUGCGCACGACACCAAAUUGUCCAAUUUAAUGGAAUACAAACAAAUCAAUUCGAAAGAUCUAACGCGGCUAUGCGGUCGUAAUGGCAAUACCAUACCAGUAACUGAUCUUGAUGAUGACACGGCUUUGGACGGCUGUUCGUCGAGUGCGCUGGUCGGCGGUUCGCAUUACUCGAAUCAGCCCGCCUCAUUGCCGCCGCUGCCCAAUUCCAAUACACCCAGUCAUCAACUCGAGGAUCGCCGCAUACUCAAUUUCCUAAAGGACACCACACAGCUGCAAAAAAAGCUGGAAGUUUCAGGACGUGAUUGUCCCAACGCCAGCUUCUCGAAUUUGGCACGUGAAGAACACUUUGCUAAUUUAAUGCAACAGAAUUUUCCCAUCGAAACGGCGCGCAGCAAUGGUGGUGCUGCGGCAGAUGUGAGCGAAGAACGUAGCAUUAGUACCAGUGUUGAUACGAGCGCGUCGGUGUUAACAGAAACUGCUGACAAUUUGGAAAUACUAAUGCAGAAAAAGAUUUCGCCUGACAAAGAAGUUAAUGGUAUUGUGUCGGCAUGCGGUUCAAAAAGUCAAACACUGACUACGCGGCGCUGUCAACCAGUGUAUAUACAUCGAGAAUGGGUAUUAAAAAAGAUAGCACUAUGCUUGGAGCAACGUACUGCAGGUAAAAAGAACAUGCCUGGUCUAUUAAGCACUAGCUCCGCUGGUAAAUCUGAAGCUGUUGGCGGUUUUAUGGCAGCACGUGCAAAGGCUGCCGCCAUAUCCAGUUCAACUUACAAUGGUUGCCUGGUGUUGGGAUCCAAUGGCUCAGGUAAGACUUCCAUUUGCCAAGCUAUCAUGAAUGGCAACUCUGGCACGAAAGGUAUACUAAAUCGCAAACUACUCGCCUGUUAUCUAAUUGAGUCGCAAAACCCAGAAUGUCACAGCCUAUCGCUAUUUAUACGUAAAGUAAUUCUACAAAUACUGAGCCAUUCCUCGCUUAUUACAAAGGACGAAUGUCAACGCGUUAUCGAUGAGGGGUUCUCCUUUCUAAAAGAGGAGGCACAACAACAAGAAUCAAAACUCGACGAAGCUAUGAACAAUAUAACAUUGAAUGAGAACGUUGAAGACAUAUUAAUUGCCGAGCUGAGACGUGGCGCAAGUGAUUGUGAUGCCGACACACCAACGCAUUUCCAGCAACGACGCACAUCGACUAGCAACAAAAAGUCAUCCAAUGCAUGUAUCAUGCGCCAGAAAUCUGAACCGACACCAGUAGAUGCCAAUGGCGCUACAGCCGAAGGCAAAAAGUAUAAUAAUUAUGGCACGCAUCCACCAACAACGGCCACCAGAGGCAAUGUCAAAGAGCGCAACGAAGAUAAAGACAACGAAACUGAAAAGGAGAAGCGUAACGAAACAGAAAAGGAGAAAAGUUCACCGUCGACUUCGUCGAAGUGCAGUCCAGGCAAGAAAUCUAAGAUUCCAGUAAAACUCGGGCGUUCAACCGCCGCUGCUUCACCGGUCAAGGUGACUGCCAAUAUUACUCCCAACAACGGCAGUGCUGCUAUACAGCACGGUGGUGGUGAAGACAUUGCUGAUAUGGUAAGUGAAGAACUAAAAAGCGAGAUAGAAGCAGCUAUAAAUGCGGAUGACGUUGAGGGAAACAGUACCACUGAGGCGAAACCAAAAUCCGAUAAUGACGAUGACGAAGAUAAACCAGAGGCAGAUAAAAAUUUUGAAACAGAUACUAAAGAAUGUAAAGCAACGAAUGAAAAAGAAGACAUCGAUGAGGAGGAUAAGGAAAAUUGUGAAAACCUCAUAGAUUUUGAACAGCGUAGCAAUCGGGAUGCAACGGAUAGUUAUAUGCACCCUAGUAUCGCAGGUUCUAGUAUGAAUACGCUGCCUCCACCACUUCCUAAGCCAAAAAGUUGUCGCACCGUAAUUGCAGAUGGUUACUAUGACAUGUUACUCUCCAAUCCGGAAAUACUAGAGUGCUUAAGCGUUGACAACAUAGAAAAGAAUCCAGAUGAAUGCUUCAAGAAGGCGCUACUAUUUCCACUGCUCGAGCUUACACCACCAAAGACGGCACUACUGCUGCUCAUCGACUCUAUAGACGAGAACUACAUCAACGAAGGGAAUUUGAUUACUACCCUGAAAGGCGGACGCGGUACGACAACCAAUCAUAAAAGUCGUAACGUCGCGGAAUUGUUGUCCAAUCACAUACACCUCUUCCCGAAAUGGCUCUUCCUUGUGUGCACAACCAAAAAACAGACUAAGCAAAUUACACGAAUGUUUACGGGUUUCAAAAAGAUCACAUUAGAUGAUUUGCGGAAGUCACAUGUAGUUAAGGAUGUACAGGAGUACAUCAUUAAUAGAUUGAAUUCGGACUUUAAGGAUAGUAUUAUGCUCACAAAGGAGAUAAUUGAAUCACUACAUCAAUUAUAUAUCAAGUCAAAUGGUUGCAUACUCUAUUUGGAGAAAGUUUUAAAUGGCAUCAAGGAGAAUUUUUUUAGCUUUCGCGAGAUCAAAUUGAUACCAUGUACACUGAAUGGCUUAUAUUUAUACAUUUGUCAGAAGUCCUUCAAUAAAAAGCAAUACAUGAAAAUACGUCCACUUCUGAAUGUACUGCUCGCUUCAUCGGGAUAUGUGGACAAACUCUUCCUUUUCAAUUGUCUACGGACACACAACUAUGUAAUCGACGCAGAAGAAUUCGAAAAACGUUUACAUCUCAUGAAGAACAUUGUUUCCUACGAUACCGAUCAACAACGGUUGAAGAUUUUCCACAACUCCUUUUCCGACUGGCUGGUUGACGUGAAGUUCGCAACCAAGAAAUUCAUAUGUGACGUCAACGAAGGUCACGUGAUGGUCUCAAUGUACUACUUGCUGGUCGCGGACACUCUAUGUGCCAAUAAUGUACGAAAGUUCGUAUACCAUCUUAUCAAAUCGGGCGAAUAUCUCACCAGUCGUAAUGUUAAUUUGGAUAUUAUACUCAUGUUACUCGAAUCUCGACUCAAUUUGAAUGACGCAUUCUAUACGAACCAUUUGAACUGCUGCUCGCAGUGCGAAAACGAUUUCAAACACGAUCCAAAUUUUCUACCCAAGACUCGUAAUAUGAUUGAGAAAUUCCUGGGCAGCGAGUUGACCGACGAAUUUUCGCAAUUUUUGUGUGACUUCUUCAAGCCGAGCUUACCAACAGAUGCAAAGAUACUAAAGCUGUUAAUCGAGACGGGUAUUAAUAACGCCGAGGCGCAGAAUUCUUGCGAAUCUUCACUCAUGUCUCCUGAACUCUCGGAAAAAUCUCAAAACAUAGAUUUUGAACUGGCUGAUCUGCUGAUCUCAAGUGAGAAAUCGUGCAUAUUGGAAACUCAACGACCCACAAGUCCAUCUGAGAAGAGUGAACCACAUCAGGAAAGUCAAGAUGAGAAUGCUUCCAGCACGCUACACCAGCUCUCUGACUCCAAUCGUAUUGAAUUACACAAAGGCAAAGCACUCAUACACAUCCUAGCCAAUGAUGGUAAUCACCAACUGCUCGAGCGUGCGCUGAACGCCUGCAAAGGACCCAUUGAUCUCGAAAUUGAAGACUACAAUGGACAAACUGCAUUGAAUAUUGCUGCACGCAAUGGUCAUUUAGAAGUUGUUAAAUUAUUAUUGAGUUUUUCACAACCCUGCAAUGAUGGCACCGGCCGAAUGAAACGUGUCGAUGUCAAUCAUGCCGACCGCGAUGGUUGGACGCCAUUACGUUCCGCCUCUUGGGGUGGUCAUACGGAGGUCGUCAAGCUAUUAAUCUCACAUCCUGCAUGUAAAAUUGAUCUGGCUGAUAAAGAGGGACGAACCGCCUUGCGUGCAGCCGCUUGGAGUGGACACGAAGACAUACUAAAAAUACUCAUCGAAUCCGGCGCCGAUGUGAAUUCUGUAGAUAGGCAGGGUCGUACCUCCUUGAUCGCUGCCUCAUAUAUGGGUCAUUACGAUAUUGUUGAGAUUCUUCUGGAGAAUGGUGCCAACGUUAAUCAUUUAGAUUUGGAUGGGCGAAGUGCCCUUUGCGUGGCUGCACUCUGCGGUUCGUCAGGCUAUAGCAAAGUUAUAUCGACGCUUUUAGAGCAUGGCGCCAAUACUGAUCAGCUCGACAAUGACGGCAUGUCGCCACUGUUAGUGAGUUCUUUCGAAGGUAAUGCCGAGGUUUGUGAGUUGUUACUGGAAAAUGGCGCAGAUCCGGAUUUGGCAGACUUCAUGGGUCGCACACCGUUAUGGGCCGCCUGUACCGCCGGCCAUGCAAAUGUCGUAAAAUUGCUUCUUUUUUGGGGCUGCGGCAUCGAUUGCAUGGACUCGGAGGGACGUACUGUACUUAGCAUUGCAGCAGCGCAAGGUAAUGUAGAGACUGUGAGGCAACUACUCGAUCGCGGACUAGACGAAACACAUCGCGAUAAUGCCGGCUGGACGCCAUUGCAUUACUCGGCAUUCGAAGGCUUCCACGAAGUAUGUCUGCAGUUGUUGGAGUCGGGCGCCAAAAUCGACGAGUGCGACAACGAAGGAAAGACUGCGCUGCACCUGGCGGCACAAGAGGGCCGAACCAAGUGUGUACAAGUGCUACUCGAAAUACAUCCAACAUUUGUCGAUCAAAAGGCGCAUGAUGGCAAAACAGCAUUCCGCCUGGCCUGCUUGGAGGGCCACUUGGAAACUCUGCAGUAUUUGCUGAAAUUCUGUUGCGAUGUGAACGCCAAGGAUGCGGACUCACGCACUACACUUUACAUACUAGCCCUGGAGAAUAAACUAGAUAUAGUUAAGUACCUGUUAGAAGUGACCAAUGUCGAUGUUAAUAUACCGGAUAGCGAGGGACGCACGGCCCUGCAUGUGGCCGCUUGGCAGGGACAUGCCGAGAUGGUCAAGAUGCUUAUCACAAUGGGUAACGCGGAUGUGAAUGCUAUGGACUUGGAGGCUCGGACGCCGUUGCAUUCAUGCGCCUGGCAAGGUAAUCAUGAUGUCAUGAGUAUAUUGUUAUACUUUGGCGCAGUGGCGGAUCAUGCAUGCAAACAAGGCGCGACGGCGUUGGGCAUUUCAGCGCAGGAAGGACAUGAGAAAUGUGUAAUCGCUUUAUUGAAGUACGGGGCUAAUCCAUACAAGUCAGAUCAUUGCGGACGAACACCAAUCAAAUUGGCCGCCAAGUCGAACCGCACUAACAUAUUGAAGAUUUUUGACAAUUUCGCAAAAAGCGAUUCCAACAAUCUAGUCGAACCAGCAAAAUUCCACCCGAGCAUGCUUCGUUCACCUGAUCAGCCACCAGCGCUACCUGCUCAUCAAAGCCUCGGUCUGGGGGCACCAUCAUAUCCACCACUUGCUUCUGCUCCAUCGAUCUGCUCGGCAGCCACCACAGCCACUGUGAAUAACAGCAUGAAUAACAACAACAUGCAGGUGCCAUCAAAUAUCCUGAAUGCAUCAACAUCAACGCAUAGCUCAAACAAUUUCUAUCAAAACACAAUGCAAUCGGACACAAGCAGUUUGCAUAAGCGAAAAAGCGUCAUCUCUAGUCAGUCCACAGGUAGCAGCAAUGAUCAAGCACCGCUCACUUUCACCCAGCAACUGCAGCGUCAAACAAAACUUAAUUCGCGCAAUAAUCCCUUCGUACAAAAUGCGCCCAUCAUUAAUUCGAAACAUGGUGGCGCCUCAGCAUCUAGCGCCGCCGCAGGUUCUAUGCAACAGCAGCAGAAAGUGCAUCACUCGCAGCGGCAUUCUCAAUUGCUGCCUGAUCUCAAUGAACAUCAAUUUGUUUCUGGCAUCGGUGCCAACGAGGCUGAUCUCUAUGAUAUGGAAUGCAUGUCACCACUAUACGCUACGCCACCACACUCACCAAGUAGUGAACUAAGUUCUCCGGGUCAACUACCCUCACUGAAUGCGUUCGAUGAAAUUGCCGGUGCGUCAAGCAAUGCCGGUGCAAAUAAUACAAAUGGCAGCAGUUCUUGCGGGAAGUCAGUACUGCCAGAUAACCACUUUGCACGAGACACUCAUAUGCGCAUAAUUUUGGGUAAUUUAAAGGAGAGCCAGCCGAGUUCUUCGAGUAAGAGCAAACGUAGCGGCAUUACAACAAAUCCUGCAAUGCGUCUAAUACGUAGCCGCUUCGAUUCCGCUGCACAACUGAUACGCCGCACCAACAAUAUGCUUUCUUCAAACAGCAAUCAGGGAUCCUCAAGUAUUGGAGUGAAAUCGGGCACGUUUCAAUGGCGAAAGGAAAGUCAAAUGUAAAAUAAAAUGUGCGAUUACUCGUAUAAAAAACUGCAAUAGUUAUAUUUAUGAGCGUAUAUAUUUAUGAACAGUAAAAUUAAUAAUAAUUAAAUUGUGGUUGCAUCCUCAAACUUAUACAUACAGACAUAUAAAUAAUUUUUAAUCGAUGAUUAGUCAUAAAUAUAUGUAUUUCCUUUGGUUAAGUAAAAAUGAUUACGAUUUUGUUUGUGAUAAUUAAUUAUUUAAUUUGGUGUUUAGUUGUAAUUUAUUUGUUUUUAUGUUUGUGCUUUUAAAUUACAACUUAACUUUACAAUUUAUUACUUAUCUAUAAGUAUAUGCAAUUUAAAUUAAAUUCAUAAUUUAAGUCGUAAUUAACUGAAAUAUACGGUAUGUAGAUCAUUACGAAAAUUAGAUUCCGAAAUUGUAGCGAGAGCACAUGAAAUUAGAAAACCACAUACCAUACUCGUAUACUUAUUGGAAAAUGUAAAACGGUAUGAAUACAUGAAAUGAAGUUUACUAUUAUAAGCACAUAUUUAAAAAGAGCUCACAGCAUAUUUGGAUGUAGUAAGCAAUAAUACGAGACAAAAUUAAACAUAUUACAAAGGAACGAAGAUUGAAUGCGAAAACGAAAUAAAGUUGCACCCAAGAAAUUAUAAGAUUUAAAAGUGUAUUUUGAAAAACAGAAACACUAAUAAAAAACUAAC